AUGGCGACACUUAGUGUCAUUUUUAGCAUACAUUUCAGAGAAUUUAAGUUUGCCCAAACCAUGAUCUUUGCAAUACAUGAAAUAAACAACAAUAAAGAACUGCUACCAGGUGUUUCCUUGGGCUACAGAAUCCAUAGUGUUUGUAAUACUAUUCCUGCAUCUGUUGGAGCUGCCUUGGAUUUAAUAAAUGGCCAGGAAGAAGGACCUUUGUCUGAAAGUUCCUGUACCAAACCACCAAAUGUUCAUGCUAUUAUAGGCCAGUCAUCAUCCUCCAUAAACAUUGCAACUGCCACCACAAUUGGACCUUUUCGUGUGCCAGUGGUAAGACUUGUUUUAAUAUUCCAGUCAGCAAUCAGUCACCUUGCUACCUGUGCUUGUCUGAGUAACAGAAGACGAUUCCCUUCAUUCUUCAGAACCAUCCCAAGUGACUAUUAUCAGAGCAGAGCCCUGGCUCAGCUGGUGAAGCACUUUGGAUGGACCUGGGUUGGAGCCAUUAGAAGUGAUGAUGACUAUGGCAACAAUGGGAUGGCUACAUUUGUUCAAAUCGCACAACAUGAAGGGAUAUGUGUAGAAUACUCAGAGGCCUUAUCGAGGACUGAUCCGAUAGAGAAAAUUCGCAAAAUUAUACAAGUCAUAACGAAUUCCACAUCAAAGAUUAUCGUAGCUUUUCUGGCACAGGGAGAAAUGUUAGUGCUGCUACAAGAAAUGAUCCUUCACAACGUUACGGGAUUGCAAUGGGUUGGCAGUGAAUCUUGGAUUACUGCCAGCAACCUGGCAAACGAUGAAAGUUAUAAAGUUCUGGGUGGUGCCGUUGGAUUUGCAAUUGAUAAUACAGUCAUUAAAGGUCUGGAUGAUUUUCUGCUAAGUGUCCACCCAUCUAAUGACCCUGAAAACAGAAUAUUAAAGACAUUUUGGGAAACGGUCUUCAGCUGCACCCUGACUGAACAAAGAGCUGGUGACAGUGUGCAACGAUGUACAGGGUCUGAGAACUUAAGAGAUGUGAAUAACCCAUACACUGAUACCACAGAGAUGAGAAUCCCUCACAAUGUUUAUAAAGCAGUGUAUGCAGUAGCACAUGCACUGCAUGACUUGUUCAACUGCCAAAACGGACAAGGUUCUGUUUUCAAUACAACAUGCCCGGACAAGAUGGAAAUUGAACCAUGGCAGGUGCUUCAUUACCUGAAAAAUGUAAACUUUACAACUACAACUGGGGAAAGAGUGUCUUUUGAUGAAAAUGGAGGUCCUGCAGCACGAUAUGAAUUAGUUAAUUGGCAGCUAAAUAACAAAGGAGAUACUGAGUUUGUGACAGUUGGAUAUUACGAUGCGUCUUUGCCAGCAGGACAGCGGUUUACAAUGAACAACAUUUCUGUUGUCUGGGCAGGCGAUCAAGAUCAGGUGCCUGUGUCAGUGUGCAGUGAGAGCUGUCCUCCAGGCACUCGGAAGGCUGUUCAGAAGGGAAGGCCUGUCUGCUGCUUUGACUGUGUACCAUGUGCUGAAGGAGAGAUCAAUUCCAUUGACUGUACUAAGUGCCCUCUGGAAUACUGGUCCAAUGAUCAGAGAGACCAGUGUAUCUUGAAGGACAUUGAAUUUCUGUCUUAUGGUGAAAUCAUGGGAAUUCUGUUAGCUGCAUUUGCUUUACUGGGAACAUGUUUAGCUUUUGUUACAGCAGCUGUUUUCUUUAGAUUUAAAGAUACUCCCAUUGUUAAAGCCAAUAACUCUGAACUAAGUUUCCUUCUGCUCUUUUCAUUGACUCUGUGUUUCCUCUGUUCACUUACUUUCAUUGGCCAGCCCUCUGACUGGUCCUGUAUGUUGCGCCACACAGCAUUUGGGAUCACAUUUGUCCUGUGCAUCUCUUGUGUUCUGGGGAAAACAAUAGUGGUGUUAAUGGCCUUUAGGGCUACACUGCCAGGCAGUAACAUUAUGAAAUGGUUUGGGCCCACACAGCAAAGGUUAAGUGUUCUUGCUUUCACACUAGUACAGGUUUUGAUAUGUGUUCUUUGGUUGAUAUUAUCACCUCCCUUUCCCUAUAAAAAUACAAAAUAUUAUAAAGAAAAAAUAAUUUUAGAGUGUGACUUGGGUUCUACAGUAGGCUUUUGUGCUGUGUUAGGGUAUAUAGGAUUCCUCUCUGCCAUGUGCUUUUUGCUCGCUUUCCUGGCUCGGAAGCUGCCUGAUAACUUCAAUGAAGCCAAAUUCAUUACAUUCAGCAUGCUCAUAUUCUGUGCUGUCUGGAUCACCUUUAUCCCAGCUUAUAUCAGCUCUCCUGGGAAGUUCACAGUGGCUGUGGAAAUAUUUGCUAUUUUAGCAUCAAGUUUUGGUUUGCUGUUCUGUAUUUUUGCACCAAAAUGUUAUAUUAUAAUAUUAAAUCCUGACAUGAACACAAAGAGACAUUUGAUGGGUUGA